UUGAGAUUUAGCCUAGCCAGCUUUCAUGUUGUCGGUUUAAAGUUUGGAAAACGUUAAGCGUUGUUGAGUAAGUAGUUGUUCUAGUUAACGGUUAAUUACUAAGAACACACUGCGAGUGUGUUUGAGGAAUACGCUUCAUUAUACUCCGUUAGUACCGAGUUUCUCCUAAAAACAGUUGUGUUUUAGCGUUGUUGUGAACACAAUGCCGUCGCGUACGGAGGAUUAUGAAGUCAUCAGCACCAUUGGCUCCGGCUCGUAUGGAAAAUGCCAGAAAAUCAGGAGAAAGUCCGACGGAAAGAUCCUGGUGUGGAAGGAGCUGGAUUAUGGCACUAUGGCAGAGGUGGAGAAGCAGAUGUUGGUGUCGGAAGUGAACCUGCUGCGGGAGCUUAGGCACCCUAACAUUGUCAGAUACUAUGAUCGCAUCAUCGACCGUGCCAACGCCACUCUGUACAUUGUGAUGGAGUUCUGCGAGGGCGGAGACCUGGCCACUCUCAUAACUAAGUGCAUUAAAGAAAAGCGGUACCUGGAGGAGGAGUUUGUCCUGCGGGUCAUGGCUCAGCUGUCUCUGGCACUGAAGGAGUGUCAUAGCCGAAAUGAUGGCGGCAGCACAGUCCUUCAUCGUGACCUGAAACCUGCUAACAUUUUUCUCGAUGCCAAGCGGAACGUCAAACUUGGAGAUUUUGGCCUGGCACGGAUACUGAAACAUGACACAAGCUUUGCUAAAACAUUUGUGGGAACUCCGUAUUAUAUGUCACCUGAACAAAUGAAUCGCAUGUCCUACAAUGAAAAAUCAGACAUCUGGUCAUUAGGAUGUUUACUGUAUGAGCUCUGUGCUUUGUUUCCCCCAUUCACAGCUUAUAACCAGGAGGAACUGGCUGAGAAGAUCAAAGAGGGAAGGUUUAGGAGAAUUCCGUACCGCUACUCAGAUGAGCUGAACACGCUGCUGUGCAGGAUGCUGCAUCUGAAGGAUUUCCUGCGUCCCUCAGUGGAGUCAAUCCUCCAGAGUUCAUUAAUCUCAGCGUACGUGGCUCAGGAGCAGAAGAAGGCUCGGGCGAGGCAGCAGCGGGGGUCAUGUGACCUGGAGCAGCCUAAACUGGAGGAACUAAAGCUGAAGGAGCAGGCACUACGGCAGCGUGAGCAGGACCUCAAGGCGCGAGAGGAGAGAUUGGAGCAGAAGGAGCACGAACUGUGUAUUAGGGAGAGAUUAGCGAAUGAGAAGCUGACCAGAGCAGAGACUUUGUUGAAGACCUAUAACCUGAUGAGACAGCAGAGGGCGCAAUCUCCACUAUAUUCAGAAGACCAAGAUGAGAGCAAGGACACGUCACCUGGAAAGAAGAAAGUCCAUUUUGCAGGUGACAGCAAGGAGAACGUGUGGCCUGAGCAGAAAAUCGGCACCAGAACUCAGGAGCGUGUGCUCAUAAAGAAACUGCAGGCUGUUAAUAUAGGAGAAGUGGAGAGGAAUUAUCAGCCAAGGUGUAGGCUUAUGCAGGGUAUUCGCUAACAAUGAUCUACUAAAGCCUUCCAUGAAUGUGGGUGUUCUUUUUAGGACACAAAAUCAACCUUAGCUGGAUCACUUGGCCUUUUUUUAAGUUUGUGACUUUUACAUGCAGCUUAAUAUCAAGGAUUUCAAGAAAUGUUAUUUAUUGUGUUUUAGAAAACGGAUUUGGCCAAAGGUCUAACACUGGAUACAUGUAUUUGUGAAUAGAUUGUGUGCUUAACUUUAUAUUCGAGUCAUUUUAUUUUAAGUUGUGUAUAUUCGUGUAGGUCAAAGGAAAAAUAAAUCAUUCCUGUCUGGUUAUUUCAUCA